GGGACAUGGAGUCCGGGCAGCAGCCGGUGUGGCGCAGCCUGGGGCUGCUUGGGCGAAGCGCGGAGGGUCCCGGGCUCGGUCCGGGCAACUGUGAGAAGAGGCUGCUGUGGGCCGCUUCGUUGCUGUGCGUCUUGUUGGAUCUACAGUUGCCAGGUUUGUUGGCUGCCGGACAAGCUGAGAUUGACAACCAUCUAGAAAUGGGUCGGAAGCUACUGGCUGCUGGGCAGCUGGCCGAAGCCCUCUCACACUAUCAUUCGGCAGUGGAAAUUGAUCCGAAAAAUUACCUUACCUAUUACAAACGAGCCACCAUUUACCUGGCUAUGGGCAAGUUUAAAUCAGCGUUGCCGGAUCUCUCGAAAGCAAUUGAACUCAAGCCAGACUUCCUGGCGGCCCGGCUUCAGCGAGGCAACAUCCUUCUCAAACAAGGGCACACCCAGGAAGCAAAACAAGAUUUUGAAGCCGUGCUCAAGAGCAAUCCGGAGGAUGCAGAAGCCCAGAGCCAGUUGUCCAGGGUCAUGGAGCAAGAAUUUUCCAUGCAAGAAGCUCAGACUGCUUUUCAGAAAAAAAACUAUCUGGGAGCAGUCAGUUUUCUGGAUCGAGUAAUUGAGAUCUCCCCUUGGGAUCCAGAACCCAAAGAGCUGCGCUCCGAGUGCUACCUCCAUCUUGGGGAUUACAACAAGGCCAUCAUGGACCUGAAGCCCACCACUAAGCUGCGGAAUGACAACAGGGCCGCCUUCCUUAAGCUCAGCAAGCUCUAUUACAACUUGGGAGAACAAGAAGAGUCCUUAACAUAUGCAGAUGCCAUUGAGAAGUACAAAGCAGCCAUGAAAACAGAACCCAAUGUAGAGAUCUACACCAUAAAAGCAAAAGGACAGAUCUGCCACUGCUUAUCCAAGAGCAAACGGGUUGCAGAAGCAAUAGAUCUCUGCAGUGAAGCCCACCAGCUUGACCCCAGAAAUACCUUCGUCCUGCGCGACAGAGCAGAGGCCUUCAUCCUGAACGAAGAAUUUGAGAAAGCCAUUGAAGAUUAUCAAGAAGCGAAAGAAUUUGAUGCUGAAAAUGAGGAAUUAAAAGAGGGACUAGAGAGGGCACAAAAACUGCUGAAACAGUCCAAGAAGAGGAACUAUUACAAAAUCCUUGGAAUUCAGAGAAAUGCAAACAAGCAGGAGAUCAUCAAAGCAUACCGAAAGCUGGCUCAGCAAUGGCACCCUGACAAUUUCCAGUCGGAAGAUGAGAAGAAGGAAGCCGAGAAAAGAUUCAUUGACAUCGCGGCUGCUAAAGAGGUCCUGAUAGAUCCAGAAAUGCGACAGAAAUUUGACUCUGGGGAGGAUCCUUUAGACCCAGAGAAUCAACAAGGAGGAUCAGGACAUCAGCACCAGUGGGCGUCCGAAUUUAACCCCUUUGGCUCCGGGAACUUUCAUUUUAAGUUUCAUUUUAAUUAAUCCGCCUGAGCCCCGAACACCUUGGCCAGUGAGUUGACGCACAAAGAGGACAAUAACAACUCCUACGCAGUGGAGGCAGGGAAGGAGGUUAGUUUCCUUAUUUAUAUAUUCAAGUAUCCCUUUCCAGAUGAGCAGAAGUUUGUUCCUCGAGAUAAUAACCAGGACCCCCAAGGAAGAUGGUGACCUCUCGCUUCUUGACUGUGACUCCCACAAAACAGUGACUGGCAAAAGGGUUUUACGAAUGCAUGCAGAGCCUUAAACCCCGUCUGUGAAUCCUGCCUUUCUUAGGGACAUUUUCAAAGUUAGGUUGAGCUUCAUCGUUCCAGUCCACCUAAACAUUUCUCAAGUUCUUCUUUGCACUUGAAAGACCGGAAGAAGUUCUGCCAACCUGACAAUUCGCAACCCUUUGCCACGGAAACCGUUCAUUUUUAAAU